UAAAACAUUUAUAAUCCAUAGAGUACAGUAUAUCUCUUAUCUAUGUUUAUAACCUGUUUUAACCCAUGGUUUUAACUGGAAGUACAUCCAUAUCAUAAACAAUAUAUAAAAAUGGAAAAUAUUGACCCUAGUAGCGAGUCACAACUGCACAUUCGCUUAAUAACCAAACAGGAACAGUAUGCGGUCCCCGAUAUUCCUUAUUCAGUCCCAGCCACAAUUGAUACUAUCGGUUUAAAUACACUUCUAAAUGCACUAUUAAAAGAACACUCUGAUCAACACAAGAAACAAGAAUUCGAUUUCAUUGUAAACGGCGAACUUUUACGUGUCUUGCUUGUUGACCAUCUCCAAGAAUAUGGCUUGUCUGUAGAAGACAUUGUAACUAUCGAAUAUAUUCAAAGAACACCUCCCCCACAACCAGAAGAUGCUCUUUUACACGACGACUGGAUUUCUGGUAUUCAGGUCAAUGGAAAUUGGAUUUUAACCGGUUGUUAUGACAAUACUGUCAAUGUUUGGUCUAUUCAUGGAAAACAUCAAGCUAGUGUCUCUGGUCAUACUGAACCAGUUAAAGCAGUUCACUGGUUAAUACCUGAAGAUCCUUCUGCAGGUUUUGCAACAGUUUCUCAUGAUCUAACAGGUGUUCUUUGGCACUGGGAACCAGGAUCAAAAGAAAUUCAUCCUUGUAUUGCAUUAAGGGGUCAUGAGAGACCCAUUGAAUGCUUGGGUAUUAACACAGAAAGACAAAGAAUAGUAACAGGGGGAUGGGAUACUCAUCUUAAAGUGUGGUCUUCUUCUCUUGAACAUGAUACAGAGGAACCUGCACAUAAAAGAUUCAAAGGAAUGUCCUCAAGGGUACCAUUAUUCACAUUAUUAGGUCAUAAAGAGGCAAUUACUUCUGUACAAUGGAUAGACACGAAUGAGGUUUGCACGGUUUCAAUGGAUCAUACCAUACGUUUAUGGGAUAUGGAGUUGUGUGGACUGAAGAAUGAAAUAAUGGGGCAAAAGGCAUUCUUAGGUGCUUCAUGGUCUCCUCUGUCUAAAUCUCUAAUCACGUGUUCAGCGGAUACUCGUAUUCGUCUAUAUGACCCAAGAUCGGUUGAAGGGACGAUUUGCAAGACAACAUUCGUAUCGCACACCCUAUGGGUAACAGCUGUAGCGUGGGCUCAACACGACGAACAUCUAUUUAUGUCAGGGGGGUAUGACGAAAGUGUAAAAUUAUGGGACACUAGAAGUCCCAAAGCGCCUCUUUACGAAUUGUCCGGCCACGAAGGCAAAGUGUUAUGUGUGGACUGGUCAAAUCCAAAACAUCUCGUUUCAGGAGGUACCGAUAACAGCGUUCACAUAUUUAAAAAUAAAAAAACGACGUAGCAAAUGCUAAUAAGAAAUGUUCUUUUGAUUGUUUGGUUUUUGUUAUUUUAAUUAAUGUAAUAUGUAUUUCACAAUCAUAUUUGAUGUAGGCUAUAAUUCUGUUUAAGAACCUCACAUAUAUUACAUCAGAACAAAUCAAAUGUAAUUUAAGUCGUUUUGUAAAAUAGUAUUUCUAUCCUAACAAAAUUCUAAAGUGCUACUAUUUGAAUUCAACCCAAUUGAAAAAAAUGUUUUAAUUAUUUUUUGUAAAUUACUAAAUAACUAGA